CAGUAUUUUCCAAUCAUUCAAAGUUAUUGAUUUCCUAAACAUUUUGCUUGUAGCCAUAUGAACCAAACAUUUAGCCUGCAUUUAAGCAAACCCCCUAGCAUUGUUACUAAUCCCAUUUACUUCAUUGUUCCAGGCAAUUUUAAUUAUUUAAAGGCCACUUUCAAUAUUCAGAUUGAGUGCUGGAAAAAACACUUCUUUCCAGGUCCAUUCUAUAUGCAUAUCGGGCAAACUGUUCGAUUAGAAUAAUCGUCAACUGACGUAACUGAAAACGUUUCGAAUGGGGGUACAUAUAUCAAUGAUAUACGCAGUAACAGAUACCGGUAAACAUUCAUUUAAAAUUCGCACUUUGCCUAUAAUCUGCCGAAUGCUUCUGAUGGUACUUAGCAGCAAAUUGAAACAAAUAACACAUUAAUUGAUAAUCGAUUAUAUUUUCUCUGGCUAAAUAAAGCACCUUUACUAAGUCGAUGAUAUAGUUUCAUAUAGUAAUUCAAAUAGUCGCGCGUUUACGGAGCCUGUGAUACAUUGUAACAACUUCAGAGGAAAGUUCAAAAAUAUAUAUUUUUCAUGUCAACAAGCCAAUUUCCAGUUGUCUCUCGUUGAAGCUCCGUUUAAGACGUUUCCAAGUUUUCAGCUUUUUUAAACUGAAAUCGGCCUGAAUAAAAAGGGUACUUAGAAAUGUUGGAGUGGAGUUAAAUUGUUAAUAAUCGUGAGAAAGUUCAACGUUCAAUAGUUUGCUUGAACUGGAGAAUGUGAAUUUUCAAGGUCUAAGUCAAAAAGAAUAGAUUUACUAUACCAUAGUUGGUUGGAUGAGAAGGGUAAGUAACUACUUUGAUGACGUUAAAGGACAAAUGCGUAUUGAUUUAAAGGAAAUUUCCUAAUUUCUAAAGAGCUCUUCAGAUACGUGAAUCAGUCAAACUUAAGUAAUGCAGACUAAUUCGUCAUUUUCAAUAUAUAAAAUGUCGGGGGAUCAAGAUCCGAACAACGUGUCUUCCAAUCCAUCACCAACAUCGAAUUUAGAACCAAACCACAACAAUAAUAGAAAGGUGAGCAUUCUAGAUCAUUACAUACAUGAUCGGGGAUAUGAAAAUCAUGCCUUUGAAUCGCCGACUCGGAGCCGAAAAGUCAGCACUCAGUCGGAACAUGCUGAGAUUGGCCCAGUUCGAAAAAAAAGCAUUUUGCAUCUUCAUGUGAAUAAUGCUUUUGAAAAGGAUGCCACCUUACGAUGUGAUAGUGCCAAUCGUCAAAUGGAUACCGAGCGGCAUAAGAAAUAUUCCACCACUGAAUCAAUUAAUUCGAAAAAUUCAGUUUACUCAAAGUCCUCCGUUUAUUCGCAAUCUGGCAAGUUUCCACAUGAAACAGAUGAUGACAGGUCUUGGUGGUAUAUUUUUUGCAUCAAAUGCCGCUCGCAAGAAUCGCACCCGUCAUGGCAGCCAACAGCAUGGCCUAAACUGUGCCCAUACCCAUUCUGCCCUACCUAUCGUCAGUUUUCCAGAAUCGUAGCUUUAGUUCUUUUAGGUGUAUUUUCGUGGUGUAUACUUUACGCCAUAGUAGGAGAAACGGCAGCACCUCCAAAUGGUAUCGUUUACCAAUUAAUCUUGCUCAGUAUCUGCGCACAUUUUGGAGGAUGGCUAAUGAGUCUCACAACGCUUCCGGCACUGAUUGGUAUGCUUUUUACGGGCGUUUUGCUCCAGAAUGUCGGCUGUGUAAAUAUCAACGAGAAUUUUUCGGAAAUUAAUAAGGAACUAAGGCAUAUAGCGUUGGUGAUUAUUCUAAUACGAGCUGGCUUAGAUUUGGAUCCACACGCUUUGAAGCGACUCAAAUACACGGUGAUCAAAAUUGGAUUGAUUCCUUGGCUCACUGAAGCUGCGGUAACUGCAGUUUUAUCAAAAUACUUCCUGGAAAUGCCUUGGGAUUAUUCUAUUCUUCUUGGAAGUAUUGUAGCUGCUGUUUCACCUGCUGUCGUUGUGCCUUGCUUAUUCAGAUUACGGUCCAAGGGCUACGGAGUAGCAAAAGGAAUUCCUACUCUGAUUAUCGCAGUAUCAGGAAUCGAUGAUGCAACUUCAGUGGCAAUUUUCGGGAUUGUUAAAAGCAUCAUGUUUUCCAACAGUGGCAUCGCCCAACUCAUUCUACAAGGACCAGUGUCAAUUUUUGGAGGACUUGCUUUCGGCGUUUUAUGGGGAAUUAUUUGCAAUUACACGCCUGAAAAACAUGAUCCAUUUAUGGUUCCUCUUCGAAUUCUCCUACUGCUAGUAGGGGGCACCGUCACCGUCCUCGGAAGCGAACUGAUCGGCUAUGGAGGAGCCGGACCUCUCGCUUGUGUAGCUGCAGCCUUCACAUGCCUGGUUUGCUGGACAAAACAAGGCUGGGAAAUCGAAGACAAUCCAGCAGCCACUGCCUUCGAAAUAUUCUGGAUGAUUUUUGAGCCGAUUUUAUUCGGCAUUACUGGUGCUCAAAUCAAGUUCUCCGCUCUGGAUGGAACCAUUGUGGCUAUCGGGAUUGGAAUUCUGGUUGCCGCCGUUUUGCUCCGGAUGGUAGUGACGGUUUUUGUCGCUAUUGGUUGCCAUUAUAAUUUGAAGGAGAAGAUCUUCAUUGCCUUUGCCUUGAUGGCUAAAGCCACAGUACAGGCUGCUUUGGGGCCGAUGGUUUUGGGCAUGCUGGAUGAUACCACUUCGGAAGAAUACGAUUACGCAAAUAAAAUCCUGAUGGUUUGCAUUUUAUCGAUAAUGGUAACAGCUCCAACUGGUGCCAUUCUGAUCACGAUUUCCGGACCAAGAUUGCUGACGAAAACCAAAAUACCUGCGAUUCCAGAAGGGUGGCGCAAGUCCCAUCGACCAUCGAUUAGAGACAUCAGCAUUAUCGAUGAAGAAGAGGAACGGGACGAUGUUGAAAGCAUGGCUACUGGUACUCCAGUCGGUAGCGCUACAAACAGUCCCCAUAAGAUUGAGAAUCGCAAGGUUGAGGAUCUGCCAAAAGUAGAUGCAUAGUUUGAAGAGUUUGAGUCUUGAGGCCUUGAUUUUAAUCUAAAUUUAAUAAAGAAUACCAGAUUUUCUUAAGGCGAUGUGCCCCUAAACUGGAAAUUAUGUUUUAGAUUAAAAAAAACAUAUUUGUUCAUAUUGAACUAGCAAUAGCAUCUAUUUUUACUUUUACCGUACUAACAGUUGAUAGUACCUCCGUAAGCAAAACGAAUUGUUCCCGGUUUUUUGAAUCGUUAGAAAUAGUUGGCUGCGACGAAAAUGUGAUAAUGCAAACUCGAUGUAAGCAUAUUUUAAAAUUUUGAAUUGUUGCAUUUUAAUAAACAUAAAAAAUAUAUUUAUAA